AUGUCUUUCAAGGCGAGAAGUGGCUUUGAGUUUACGUUGUUAAACUAUAAUAACCUGGCGACUAAAGUUUACAGUCCCCCUUUCGCCACCUCGUUUGAUACUUUUUGGCAACUCAAGUUCAAGCCGACUUCUAAAGAAAAUCCGGAAUAUUGUUCUGUCUAUCUGGUGGCCAUACCGAGUUAUGAAGAAAGUAGUACUACAUCCACAUGGACAAACCGUGCCACUUACUCGGUCGAUAUUUAUAUUAAACAUCCAAAGACCUUGGAGGAAAUGAAGAAGGCUAACCUAGACACAACAAAAUUCUCCGCUAUCAAGCCAUUGAGGG